CGAACUAGCUCUGCGACGCGUGUACCCAUUCUCGUCGUUUAAUUGCCAUUUCUGUUAAGUAUGUCGCUUGCCUACUACACCUUCAACUUUCGUUUUACUUGUCUCCUUUAAUAACUAUAGCUACCCUCACUAAUUCCUCGUAGGUCAAGAUGGCGAAGACCAGAAGUGUUGUCAAGAAAGAAGAGGCCGCAGCCGCGGAGUCCGCAGCCAAAAAGGCAGCCGAGUCCGUAGCCAAGAAGGCAGCCAAGUCCGCAGCCAAGAAGGCAGCUGCGGCUAAGAAGGCAGCUGCGGCUAAGAAAGCGACGGCGAAGAAAGUCGCCGCCAAGAAGGUCACGGCCACGAAGCAAGCUGUCACCAAGAAGGCCACGGCCACAAAAAUCCAGUGGAGCGUGCAGCGCGAGUGCCAGCUAUUGACCGCAAUGCUGAUGGUUUGCAAAGGCCAGCAGCUCGUCGAUGGGCAGCAUGAGCCCGACAUUGACUUCCGCAGCGUGGUCCGUGUCAUGCAGGGCCACCACGGCAAUGACAAUAUUACGGAGGUCGCAGCCAAAUCCCGCUGGGCUCUCCUGAUGCCAACGGCCGAUCGAGACCCCGAGGUUCUAGAGCGAGCCCAAGAAAUCAACAAGAGCCACGAUGUACCCGCCACCAGAGUUCGCCACCGCGCCCGCACCACCCGCAGCGCUGCUGCUGCCGCUGCUGCUCGCGGACCUCGCUCCCCCCUUGCCAGUGACUCAGAGCCAGAGGCUUCGGGACCCUCGGCGUCUUCAGGCGAUGAAUACGUCGAGUAGGUAGAGUAAUUGGGAAAGCAUUUUCAAAAUGCACGCGUU